AUGCGCGCGCUGCGAUCAACAAGCACUGUCGCACCAUCGCUGUCUCAGAACUCUCAACAUGGGAGCUGCCGGGCUCAUGACGCUGGUGCUGUUGGUGGCUGCGCUCGUGUCCUGCGCGACCGCUUUGCCGGCUGCUGUUGGAGCUCCAGGUGUGAGCAGGGAGUCACUGACCCCAGCAGAGAGUUUCGGCUUCGGCUGGGGGCUGUGGGGCUGGCCUGGUUAUUAUGGACUCGGGUAUCCUUUCUGGGGCUGAAGAUCACAUCCGCAUACCUCGAGUUUGAGAAGAUGGCGGCGUCUGCUUUGGAAUUCGAUAAAAGCAGUUUCAAGAACGCAAAAUUGUUUGCAGGUUCUGUGCAGACAUACCGGCGGCCUUUGGACUGGAAGCAACACGAGACUCUGGUGCUGUUGGUGGUGGCGGUGGUGUCCUGCGCGUCCGCUUUGCCCACCGCUGUCGGAGCUCCUGGCACCAGUAGGGAGUCGCUGACACCUGCAGAGAGCUUCGCCUUCGGCUUCGGCUGGGGACCCUGGGGCUGGCCCGGUAACUAA